AGUACAAGCUCACUGAGCGUAGAGGUUGUUCACGGCUGUCAUGAGUCCCAGAGGAAGCUCCGGUGUUUUCCUGCUAGUGCUGCUGAUCCUGAACCUGCGGAGUGUGUCGGGAGGAAAGGUCCUCGUCUGGCCCUCUGAAUUCAGCCACUGGCUCAAUGUAAAAGUCAUCCUAGACACGCUGAUCGAGAGAGGACACAACAUCACUGUGGUGACCCACACAGCCACACCGUCGGUCAGAACCAGCCCGUCCGCGGGAUACAAUGUGGAGAUUCUACAGGUGCCUCACACAAAGCAGGACAUCCUGGAGAACAUGGAAAGGAUGCUGAAAUACUGGACUCACGAUCUGCCGAAUGACAACAUCAUCACGGCUUCCAUGAAGAUCAAGGAGAUGAUUGACACAGGCACCGAGCAGAACCAGGCCGUGUGUAAUGAGCUCUUUGCCAGAGAAGACCUCCUUGAGAAGUGGAGGAAGGAGAAGUUUGACGUCUUACUGGCCGACCCUAUAUUCAUGUGUGGGGAGCUGCUGGCACAGAAGCUGGACGUGCCUUUCAUUCUCAGUCUCAGGUUCUCCUUUGGGAACACCGUUGAGAGACUCUGCGGCCAGCUGCCGGCUCCUCCAUCCUACGUCCCCUCCAUCGGCUUGGAGAACACGGAUGAGAUGAACUUCCUGCAGAGGCUGAAGAACUUUCUGUUCUAUGGCUCACAGGACGUCCUGUUUUAUCUGGUCACCAAAGCAAAGUGGGAUCACUUAUAUACGGACGUCAUGGAGUACAGCCACUGGCUCAACAUGCGCAACAUCGUGGAAGAACUGCUGAACCGCAAUCACAGCGUGACACUUCUGGUGAGCUCAGCCUCGCCGACCGUGAACUUCACAGCGCAGGAGAGGUUUGAGUUCCUGGUGUUUGAUGUGCCUCUGAAGGCUCAUGAGGUGCACAGCCUGAGCGAAGAGAUGCUCAACAUCUGGAUGCAGCACCCCACACCAAGCAGGGUCACAAUUGGUCUCCAGAUAAUGGAGCUGACGGGGAAAAUUAACGAAAUGCACCGCGUCAUGUGCGGCACCAUGCUGCGUAAUGACGCGCUGAUAGCUCGCUUGAGGGAUCUGAAGUUUGAUGUGCUCUUCUAUGAUCCCAUGAUGGUGUGCAGUGACCUGCUGGCAGAGAUUCUGGAGCUGCCGUUCGUCCUCUCUCUGCGGUUUUCUCUGGGGUUCUCCAUGGAGAGGAUGUGUGGACAGAUGCCCACGCCGCCCUCUUAUGUUCCGGUUCCUCCGACGGUGAUGACGGAUCACAUGAGCUUCAUGGAGAGAGUGAAAAAUAUGAUUAUGUAUGUUGUUUAUUCCUUCGCGUUUCGGAUGGCCUCGAAAAAUUUGGAUAAUUUAUACAGUGAAGUGUUAGGCAAACCUACAACAAUGUGUGAGACCAUGGGAAAAGCUGACAUCUGGUUGAUUAGAACUUACUGGGAUUUUGAGUAUCCACGCCCACUCCUGCCUAACUUUAAAUUUGUUGGAGGACUACACUGCAAACCUGCCAAACCUCUGUCAAAGGAACUGGAGAAGUUUGUUCAGAGCUCAGGAGAUCAUGGCAUUGUUGUUUUCUCAUUGGGUUCCAUGAUCAACAACCUGACAAUGGAAAGAGCAAACACUAUUGCUUCUGCUCUUGGUCAGAUCCCACAAAAGGUUGUUUGGCGUUACAGUGGAAAAACACCAGAAACCCUCGCCCCCAAUACUAAACUCUACGACUGGAUCCCACAGAAUGAUUUGCUCGGACAUCCAAAAACAAAAGCCUUCAUUACCCAUGGCGGGACAAAUGGACUGUAUGAGGCUAUUUAUCAUGGUGUCCCAAUGGUGGGUUUGCCACUGUUUGCUGAUCAGCCUGAUAACAUGAUGCACAUGAAAACCAAAGGAGCUGCUGUUGUUCUUGAUAUCAACACAAUGGAGUCCAAAGACCUGGCGGACGCUCUCAAGACUGUCUUAAAUAAUCCCUCGUACAAAGAAAGCAUCAUGAGACUGUCCAGAAUCCACCAUGAUCAGCCAAUGAAGCCUCUGGACCAGGCAGUUUUCUGGAUUGAGUUUGUGAUGCGGAAUAAAGGAGCUAAACAUCUACGAGUUCAGGCACAUGACCUGAGCUGGUAUCAGUACCACUGCCUGGACGUAGUGGCCUUCUUACUCUCAGUUGUUGCUCUGAUCACAUUCCUCUUUAUUAAAACAUGCAGUUUCUUUUUCCGUAAAUGUUUCAGAAAGACUCGUCCUGAUGGCAAAGCACAAAAGAAUAAGAAAGAGUGAAUGUAUAGUUGCAUUGCCCUCAAUACUUCUGGACAGAGAUUCAGUACACUUGUCCUCUCAUGUGUGACGGCCAGUGUGUGUUUUGUGUAUUUUGCAAAUGCUCUUAAAGGUGCAGUAUGUUAUAUUGACUGCUAGCUGCUGAAUUAGUUUCUGCAAUCCAAAGUCAAAAUAUUGGAGAGAGCUGUUUCCCUGCUCCUCCUCAGACUCCACGCUCACACGGGUUGCCAGAUUGAGGACUUAUCUGUGAUCAAAGACCCAGUUAGUUUUUAACAAAAUAUGCUGUGUUUUCCACCAACUGGCAACCUGGGGUGUCGAAAUACUAUUGGGUAAAUUGGCAGUGGGCGGGAUCACAGAUCAAAACAAAAACAGACAUUCUGACCCCUAAUGCACAUUUCAAAGGAGAAUAACUGGCUAUAGCAUUGUUUUUCUAAGUAUUUGUACUUUGUAUGUUUCCUAAAUCUCUGCAAACAUAUGGCAUUUUUAUGGUUUACUACAGUCAAAAAUUACAUAAAGCACUUUUAAUGAAACAAAUACAUGUGAAUGUUCAUGAAAAAUAAACAUAUUACUUGAUUUUCCAUGCUGCUGGUGAGUCAUCAAGAUACACAAUUUUCUGAAAUGUACUAUCAUUUUUUGGAUGACUAACACAAAAUAAAGACUUAUAUUAGAUGUUCUCUGA